GGAGGGGAGUUCAGGAUUACAGCAGGACUACACAAAUAUGCCUGUGAUCUCACAUUGGAUCCAAUCACAGCAAAUACUCGUCUCGUUCUUUCAGAGGACAACAGAAAAGUGAUGUGGGUAAAUGAGGAUCAGCCAUAUCCUGAUGAUCCACAGAGAUUUGAUGUGUGUCCUCAGGUUCUGUGUAGAGAGAGUCUGUCUGGACGCUGUUACUGGGAGGCUGAAUUGAGUGGAGAUGCUGCUAUAUCAGUGACAUAUAAAGGAAUCAGCAGGAAAGGAGGAAGACAUGACUGUGUGCUUGGAUACAAUAAAAAAUCCUGGAGUGUGAUCUGCUCUAAUUACAGCUUCACCGUCCACCACAAUGAUGAUAUCACUCACCUAAGUGUCCCUUCACUCUUCUCUAAUAGAAUAGGAGUGUAUGUGGAUGUGUCGGCCGGCACUCUGUCCUUCUACAGCAUCUCUGACACAAACAAACUCACAGACUUACACACAUUCAACACCACAUUCACUGAGCCUCUCUAUGCUGGAUUUAUAUUGGUGUUCCUCAACUCCUCAGUGUCUCUGUGUCAGACUGAAAGCCUGUGACCAGCAACAGAGACAUCACACACAUCUGAUUAAAAGAAAUACGCUCACUUUAUAUAAUCCAGUAUAUUGUAGUGCUAUGCAUAUUGUAGUGUAUAAUGUACUAUAGGCUAUAAUGUUUUAUAAAUUGUAGUGCUAUCAGUUACCCAGUGUAGUGGAC